CUAACAACAAGCAUGUUUUCUUCAAGUCGUCAAACAUCUACAAGGCUGACUUGUGGGUUCAAAGUGAACACCAGCUCACCGGAAUGGCACAAGAGCAUGACGAAAAUCCUCAAGAAAAUCAAAGGAGGUAACUUUUGGAUAGACGUGGACGAAGGAAUGGCAUAUGUAACGGGUCAAGGAGAUCCAAACAAGCUAUUGAAGCUGAUGGGUUCGAGGAGAGGCAAGGAUGCUGAAAUGGUGUUUGUGAAAACAGGAACGACACAACAUCCUCAAAGCUCUUAUUACGGCCAAUCAUCAGCGCCUUAUUGGCCGUCCGAUAUGAGCUAUAUGCAGCCUUCAACGUAUCAGCCUUCGUCGUAUCAAGGGUUUUACCCUCAGACGCAGGCGAUUCAACCUUACUAUCAACAACAAUAUCCAUAUUCCAGUGGAUAUAGUAAUAACUACGGUUAUUAUUAG